UUCUCUGAACUUUUAUUGCGUAUUUAAUUAUCGACAGUUCUACAGUUACAUCAUUGAAGUGACUCAAAAUUCAAAUGCCAUUUUGUUUCAAAGCACCACUUUCGUUCCGUACGGCAGCCCACGUAAAAUGUUUUCGUUGGUUACCGGCGCUGAGCCGGUCGGGCCAGUCGGGUUUAAAUAGCAGGCGAUCGUCGCACAAUCUGCUCAGUUUUGGCAGCGGCGCUAAGUCGAGGGGGACUCGAAUAGCAGGGAAGGGGUUGGCUAAGCAGUGGAGCUUGUUAGACAGGAGGGGUACGCGAGAACGGGGCGCUGGGCACUUAACGCUGUCUGAUCACAGUACGCCUUAGGGGUUGCUUGACUAACAAACUAGAAGUUUUAUAGACUCUCUGAGAAACUCGGACACUUUUAUGAAUAUUUAACAGUACGACCCAUUCUUUUUUAGGAAUUAACAGUCGUAUUUGGUUUAAUUCACAGUUACUAGACUUGACUAGGCAAGACUAUUUUUAUCUGUUGAAGACGCUUCUUUUUUGUACUCACCGAGUCCUCUUGACAUUUUUUUCUAUUUUUUAUUAUAAGCCAAAGUGUGAGCGGUUAAAGAAGCUGAACGUUUAAUUCGUUCUUCGUCUUCUGGUGCAUAGACUGCCAGUUUUAUGAUCACUGGGCUUCAGUAAUUACCAUUAGCUACUACUGAUUCCGUUUUAUUGUAGCUUAUUUAUUUAAGAAAAAUAUUUAUUUGUGCAUACUCGCUGCCAAAGCGCUGCUCAUCAUGAAUAUUGUUGCCGAGUUUUUCGUGGUCGCCUUCAAGGUGCUCUGGGCGUUUGUACUUUCCGCUCUCAAGUGGUUCGUGAGACCCAAGGAGAAGAGUGUGGCCGGCCAGGUGUGCCUCAUCACCGGUGCGGGCAGCGGCCUCGGGCGCCUGUUUGCCAAGGAGUUCGCGCGCCGGCAAGCAAUUCUGGUCCUGUGGGACAUUAACAGCCAGGGCAACGAAGAGACUGCCGAGAUGGUGCGCCAGAUCUACAAGGAGUUGGGCAGCCAGCAAACGGACGGUGCUAUGGAAGAGGUUACAACUUUCCAACCACAAGUUUAUACCUAUGUAUGUGAUGUGGGAAAGCGUGAUAAUGUUUACCAGACUGCUGAAAAAGUACGCCGGGAAGUGGGAGAUAUCGAUGUCCUCGUCAACAACGCUGGUGUUGUAUCCGGCCACCACCUGCUAGAGUGUCCUGACGAGCUCAUAGAGAGGACCAUGAUGGUGAACUGUCAUGCUCACUUUUGGACUACCAAAGCUUUUCUUCCCAAGAUGCUGGAGAUCAAUCACGGCCACAUUGUGACAGUUGCAAGUUCUCUUGGGUUGUUCAGCACUGCUGGAUGUUGAGAGGAUUACUGUGCAAGUAAAUUUGGUGCAGUCGGCUUCCAUGAAUCUUUAAGUCACGAGCUGAAAGCUGCAGAUAAGGAUGGCAUCAAAAUGACACUUGUUUGCCCAUACCUUGUAGACACUGGCAUGUUUCGAGGCUGCAGAAUCCGCAAAGAAAUCGAGCCAUUUCUUCCUCCCCUGAAACCGGAGUAUUGUGUCAAACAAGCUAUGAAUGCAAUCCUCACCGAUCAACCGAUGAUCUGCACGCCUCGCCUCAUGUACAUGGUUAACUUCAUGAAAAGCAUCCUUCCCUUUGAAGCUGUGGUGUGCAUGUAUCGGUUUUUGGGAGCAGACAAAUGCAUGUACCCUUUUAUUGCACAAAGAAAGCAAGCAAUGAACAACAAUGAAGCUAAAAAUGGAAUCUAAGUGUGCCAGUGUGUGUGGAGUGCAGACUCCUUCAUGGCGAGGGGACACAGACCACUGAAGGUUCUUAUUUUUGAAGACUGAAUGAAUGAAUGAAGACUGGUGCACUUGCAUUGACGAGAUGCAAAGGUUUUACCAUAUUGUUCUCCUGGAACAAACAGAAAGCUGUGUACUACACUUUGUUUUUUCCCCCCUUUGCUGAAACCUGUCUUGUUUAUAUACUGUAAACAUUCUAGAAGUUGACAAAGAAUAGUUUUAAAGAAUAUGCAAAAUUAUUCAAGAAAUAUGUUAUUUACUUAAUGUAGUCACCAGCAGCAUUUAAUGUUUUAUAUGUGGUAAUAUACAGUAUGUUACUGUAUGAAAUGUCUA